AUGAUGUUCAAGAAGCUCUAUAGCUUCGCCUCGGCGAUGGCUGUGCUAGCCACUAGUGCGCAUUGUCAACAUCUCAGCUACGAAGAUAGCAUCACAGCCCUAGCAUACGGCAACGUGGCCACCAAUAGCUCUUCUGUGGGCGAGGUAUGGCUCAAUAUUACAGGUUUUGCUGCAGAUAAGCUUCCACAUAUCCAGAACGACGUGGGCAUUUACACUUUGGACAAUCGUGAGACGCUCACUACUAUCGCUGGCCUUGCACAAGUCGCGGCGGAGCAAAGCCAGUGGGGAGAUAUUGUCUUCCUGUACAGUGCCUUCGCGAUGAAUGGUCAUAGCGCGUACUUCAAUGCUUCGAGCUUGGAGAUGCAGCAGGCGCUCUUGUAUGCUGUUACAGACCAAUCCAGCGGCGAUGUCGACUCGACUUUGAUCAAGCUUUACGCUAGUACUUCGAGCUCGGAAUACUUGAUUGAGGCAUUUGAGAAUCUGAAGUCGGAUACAAGUCCCCAAAGCAAACGCUGGGUUAAAGAGGCUUGUUCGUCUGCACACAAGGCUACCAAAUCUGCUUGUCGAACACUCCUUGAAAAUGUCAGGGGCAAUGUUACGUGGAAGUCGGGCGGCCCUCGGAGUAUCUGCAAAUCUGGCUGUUGUAUCAGUUGGAGCGCAAAUGCCACUUUCCAAGUCCAGAACCUCACAAAUGCUGCGAACUACUGUUUGAACGCGUGUGGUACGAGUACGGUCAGUUGCGAAGUGUGGGGUGUCAAGUUGCAGGGUACUCUCGUCGAUCAGUGCUUGAGUAACAGAGCAACUGGCUGCACGUGA